AUGAAGAAUUAUGCAUCACCCCAACUAUAAUAAAGUGGUAGAGGGAGUAUUUAAGACAAUCCUUAUUAUAUGGAGUUAAAAUCGAAAAAAAGUAAUUCCAAAAUAGCCAACACUGAAAGAACAAGCGGUAAAAACACUAAACAGGACUUGUUGGAAUACUUCAAAAAAGAGCGAAAUACUCUGACCUAAGUAACUAAUAGUAUUAAAACGUAACUUCAAUAAAAUCGAUCCAUCGAUAAUUUGAAUAGUCAGAAGAGUGAGCGAUUCAAAACUCUCAAUGCCCAAUAUCAGUAAAUUCCCCUGUCUUUAGAUCAGAGGCUACACACAGAUGAAGGAAAUAACAUUAAACGAUAGCUUAUAAAGGGAAAGAAUCUGUCCCUUGCCACAAUUCAGAUGGAAUCAAAGUAGUAGAAGAUAAAUAGCAAACAAAGCAAAGUGAAUCAAACACCAUAAAGCGCUUAUAAGAUGCCAAAAUCUACAGUAGAUCAAUAUUUUCAAGACAUGCAAAUAAAAAGUGCAAAGCAAUAUAAAAAUCAUCCACAGAUAGAAUAUCAGCAAUAUUUCAAUAUUAGGCCUAGCAAAACCUCAUUGUUGCAAGAGUCUCAAGCAUUAAAAUAAUCAAUUGAACAUAUCUUGUCGAAAAAUAAGGGAGAUUCUAAAAAACAUGUUAAGAGAGUUGACUCAACUGAGCCUCGUUCCAUCAAUCAAUCUACUCAAUAUAAGGGGGAAUCCAGCAAAAAGAUUAACAGAGCUGAAGAAUCAAACCAUUAUGACCCCAAGAAGUAAUUAAAAAUUGUACUAUUUUAUAAGAAUUAAAAAUAUAAUUAUUUAUUUGAUUACCAAAACAAAACAACUGAUAACUUAUAUAAUUACUUGAUCCAACAAAUAGGUUGCAUCGAAAAAUCAUUUGCUAAGCAAGGUGGAGGCACAGGAUCAACUGAGGAAGAUCAAAUUUAAUAAGAAAUCAACAAAAUAUGUCAAUUUUAUUGUGUCUAAAAGAAUGUCCCAUAUGAUUAUUAUCUAAGUCUCCCAAAUUUAUCAUUGCAUGUGUUUUAAGGAAUUACUCUACAAUUAUAACCAUUAAUUGCUUAGUCUGCUUCAGGCAAAAGAGUAAAUUUGAAAGACUUUGCACUUGUAAAAUGCAUAGGAGUAGGUGGAUUUUCGAGAGUUUAUUUAGUGAGAAAGAGAGAUAACGGGAAAUUUUAUGCACUUAAAUUGAUUGAUAAAAGCUUUAUCAUGGAAAAUCAAAAGGAAGUUAUUGUUUAGAAUGAAAGAGACAUAAUGGUUAAAAUGGAUAAUUAAUUCAUCACUCCAUUACAUUUUGCAUUUGAAACGAAAUAUUAUAUUGCCUUUGUUCUUGAUUAUUGUGCAGGGGGAGAAUUAUUCUUUCAUUUAAGAAAACUUAAAAGAUUGAGUGAGUAAGAUGCCAAAUAUUACUUUGCUGAAAUAUGUAUAGGAAUGGCAUAUCUACAUGCUUAAAAUAUUGUUUAUCGAGACAUUAAACCUGAGAACAUCUUAUUGGAUUUGCAAGGACAUCUCUUACUUAGUGAUUUUGGACUAAGCAAACCCAACAUGUCUCCAGAAGAUUUUGCUUAUUCUUUUUGUGGAUCCCCUGAAUAUAUGGCUCCGGAGAUGCUUCUAAAGAGCGGUCACAACUAUUUAGUUGAUUGUUAUUGCUUAGGAGCAUUGCUCUAUGAAUUAGUUACAGGAUUACCUCCAUUCUAUUCUCAUAAUACUCAAGAAAUUUACAAUUCAAUCUUGACGGAACAAGUAUUGUUUCCUCCCUAUGUGUAAAUAUCGGACUUGUUAAAAGACUUGAUUUAUCAAUUGCUUGAGAAGGACCCCUCAUAGAGAAUAGGGUAGACCUAAGGAGUCAUUGAAAUCCUAACUCAUCCUUGGUUUGCUGAUGCGGAUUUUGAAGCCAUAGUUAAUAAAUCAAUCAAGCCCCCAUAUAAACCAGAGCCCUUAUAAUAUAACUUCGAUGAGGAAGAGUUCAAUAAAGGAGAUGUAGAAUUUAGAAAAUAAUACAAUGCAAACUUGCAAAAAGAAUAUUAUAAUGAUAAUUUUGGUAAUUACAUCCUUCAAAACUUUUAUUAUUCCAGAGAAGAUCUACCAGAAUCACCAGAACACAAGUCAAAAAGAUCAAAUGUUAUUGAUUUAACUCAACUUCAUUUUGAAGGUGUGCCUGAAGAAUAGAGUUCUCCAGAAAGAGUUGGAGUUUAUACAAAUGAUUUCAGAAGAGUAUAAAAGUAUUAAGGAAAAUCAGAUAUUCAGGAUUUUUUAAAAAGAAGUGAUCAAAAUAACAAUAAAUCAUCUUCUUUGAUUUAAUCUUCAAAAAUAAGUCAUGCUUAUUCCAAAACUAUGCAACAAUAGCAUUCGCAUACUGAUUUACAAACUCUUAGAUUGAUGAUCGAUUCUACUAAAAUGUAACUCAGUUCUGAGAGAACACCCACUUUGCCUGAAAAUUAAAGUUCAAAGUUCUAAAACAAUCGAAUUAAGACUGAACAAAUCUCUUAGAUGUUAUAUCCUAAAACAACUACCAAUUAUUAGUUUAAUAAAUAAACCAAUCUAUAGAAAUUGUUUGGAUCUGAUAAAAGAAAAAAAUGA